AUGCCCACUUACUUUAUUGCCGGAGCCUCGAGGGGUAUCGGCCUCGAACUCACCAAGCAACUUAGUAACGACAAGAACAACACCGUCAUCGCGUCCUAUCGUACUUCUGCUCCUGAACUUUUUGAGCUGGCAGAGACGGAUAAUGUGAAGACCGUGGUUCUGGAUAUCAACGACCAAAACUCCAUUGAAUCGCUGCCACAACAGCUUUCCGGGGUGUCUAUCGACGUUAUCGUCCUCAACGCAGGUAUUGCUCGCAGCUUCUUACCUGUUGCUCAAACCCCGAGACAGCUCUGGAUCGACCAUUUCACCACCAAUACCAUUGGCCCGGUAAUGGUGUUUCAACAGCUACAACACUUGCUUGCUCCCUCUGCAAAAGCGAUUUUCAUUUCAUCCGUCGCUGGCUCCAUUCAAAGCUUUCUUCCUUUGCGGAGCAGUGCGUACGGCGCAUCCAAGGCCGCCCUCAACUUUGCCAUCAAAAAACUCAGUGAAGAACAUCCCACAAUCAUCUUCCUAGCGAUCCAUCCCGGUAUGGUCGCUACAGAAACAGGCGAAGACUCGAUUGAUUCCAUUGCAAACGGCAACCAAGAACUCAAAGCCAUGCUCAUGCAAUCCUCCAUCAGCCCAGAAGCCAGUGCAGCAAACGUUAUAAGAUCCAUUCAUUCUCCGUCCAUCUCUGGACGCUUUAUUAGAGCGGACGACCAAAUGGAUAUUCCUUUCUAG